AUGAUUGCUGCAUUGCGCUCGCUGAGGCGUGGUGUGCUUUUCAGCCAGUCAUGCACACAUCAUAGAACACCAAACCCCCAUAGUUCCCGGCUUGUACGGCCUCGCACUGCAUCCCAAUUGGCCCACAAGAAGCCCCCUUCCGUCGCUGUUCCAUACACGUCUCCAUCACUCCUCUCACUCUGGGCCCAGCGCAUGAGAACCCAGCCAACCUUCCUGUUCCAUUCUGCUGCCUCCCUCGUCCAAAUCUACAAGCGUCAACUAAACGAUGGCGCCCUCCUACUCAAUCUUGGCCGGAGCCUGCGUGAUCCGGCAGCUAUUCGCGCGGCAUAUCCAAUCUACAUCAAAGCCGCUCGCCUCCUGAUUCCAGAACUCGUACGGCAAGGUGACAAAACGCCCUUUCACCACAUUGAGAGUUGCAUGUCGUACCUCGGUCCGUCCAUGGACAUCCUCUCAUCUAGUGGCCAUCCCGAAGAUAAAGACAUGCUGGAAACAAUUCUCGAGGAUUUUGAUUCCUUCUGGUGGACCGCGUACCAGUUUCACGUAGACAUCUCCUCCGACGUCCACAACGGAAAUGAGUGGCAACGUCCCAUCAGCCAGCUCGUUCGUUUUGGAAGACGAGAGAAAGCUAUCCAAGUUUUGCUCCGCAUCGAAACCAUCCGAGAAGCUCGGAAACACUCUCAGCAGAAGGGCGUACUCAACAGCAAUAUGCGACCGUGUUGGCGGGUUGUCACGCGCAGUUAUCUCGAGGAACACGACUUCCAAGGUAUUCAAACACUCCUAGAAACAAUAUCAUCCGGUCCCUCAAAGUCAAUCAGCUUUGCCACGCAAGCUGAAGUGCUGAUCUGGUUGUGCGAUCAUCCCGAUGCUCCCCAAGUAUACCUCGACAGAUAUGCUCGAGCGCUAUUUGAACACCAAAGCCAGCUAACGAAUACCCAACGUGCAGUACUGCUGCGUGUCUGCAUCCGUCUAGGUUGGUGGGAUGUGGCCGAUCGACAAGCGCGACAUCUUCUCUAUAUGGUGGACGACAAAGGCUUCCAAUCACCGGGCAAGACCAACAGUUUGCCUUGGGAUACGCUCGUUCUAUAUGCUAUCCGGCGUCACGAUCUCAGUUCGGCCUGGACGAACUUAAAGAGGAUGACCCAAUGCGGCCACAUAGUGCGUCCAGGGACCCUUCAAGCGCUCGUCAAAUUGGAUCGGGAACAUGAGGCCGACUUGGGAGCACUCAAACAGUUAAGACUCGCAGACGGGGCGCCACUGGAUCAACAAAGAAGCCAAGACGACGAACUUCUGGACUCAGAUGCCUUUCUGCUAGAUGAUCAUGCAGACAAAGUCAAAGUACGAAGAAAAGCUGCCUUGAAAGUGAUAUAUCGUGCUCUUGUGAAGAACGAAGACAAUACCAACAGAGCGAUUGAUGUGUACGAUCGGGCGAGAACUCAGGGUCUUGCACCACAUGUUGACCUGCUUUUGCCCAUCGUAGCACGGCUUUGCUCCAAGAAAGAGUUGGAGAAAGGGGGGUUCGACAUAGCGAUGACACUUUUCAAAGAGCUGGCGGCGGCGCAUCCGCCACCCGAAGUUGCACAUCAAAGCCAUACAGAGCAUGGUCCCCAAAAGGAAGGAGGCCCUUCAUCUUCCCUUGUAACUCUUCUUUUGGAAUCACUUAUCACCAAACCGGACUUAGAACACGCUCGAGCUCUCUUCAGCGAACGGUCAAAAAGGGAGCUCCUGGUACGCGAUGGUUUAGCGAACGAGGUUCUGGAAUCGUGCAUUUCGCAAGCGCGUGACCACGCACAAGGGUUCGAGUACAUGAAGAUCGGCAUCGACUCAUUCAAGGGAAGCUUUCUACGAGUAGACCUCUGGCGAUACUGGCUUGAGACCACGUAUCCAGAGUCAAACUCAAUAGUUCCUUCUGCAGAUCUCGUGCUCGCUGCCCUACCCUUCGUAGGUGCCGACAAUAAUCUCGACUUUGACCUCUCAUCGCGGGUCUACAGCGCUCUGCGACGGUAUCACUUGCUUGCUAGGCAUAUCUGGGUGACGCAUGGCACAACCGAAUUGGGCAAGAAACUCCUAGGGCAGGUGCAUCGCUCAGUGAAGACCUUCCACAAGAUGAUCAACACUUCCCAUUUACCUCAAUCGCCGUUGUACCACAGCAGCUUCCGGACUCCCUACCAGGUGUCAAUUGCCUACUCCUAUCUGAUGAACUGUUACAACGAGCUGGGACAGCCUGAGGUAUCCCUGAAAAUCUUUGACAUGCUCUGGCAGAAGCGACUAAUCGAAACGUACAUCCUUUUCCACACAUUUCGAGCCUGCCAGCUACUGGGCGAGUGGCGGCUAGCCAUCGGCGUCUGGACCCGCGUCCAAAUCGCCAUAGAAAACAACGAGUUCCAGAGCCUUCUUACCCCAAGGAUGACCAAAUUCAUGUUCGAUCAGUUUUGUGCCGCUCUAGCUCCAGCGAAUAUGGUACUCCGUUCAGCAGCGGAUACGGUGCAGCAAAACAUAGUCAACGGAAGGGCUUUCACCCAGCGCUCUAGGUUCUUGAAGAUGGACCAAGAAACGGCUUUGUACGUCCUGAAACUGGUGGACGAAGUGGUCCCCGACCGCGGAAGAGAGAUCUUGGAGAAGAGUUUCAAGGACCACUUGACGACGGUGUUCAUUAGCCUUCUUCAGCACCGCUUGCUGAAGUACUGGACCAUUCACGAAGGAAAGGCAGAGCCGGUGUUUGUCCGACCGCCAGAAGUCGUCCGAGAACCGCAGAGAAAGCAGCUCGCGUCACGACCGUCCACACAAGAUGCACCGUUCACCCCCGGAUCAGACUCUACGUCGGACCAACAGCAUACGUGGACGGAACAAAGUGCAGCAAUAGAGGAGAUUCGGGAAAAGAAACCGCAGAUGAGAGGAUGGGAAAAAUUCUUGGGGCCUUACAAGUCAGAAGAAGGGAUUGGGUCCGGGGACACUGGCCAGUCAGAAACAGCGCCGUCUGCUCACACACCUGAAUCAAACUUGGAUACUGCGUCGGCGGAGGCGAGCAGUCAUAUUGCUGAGGAAGGAAACGGCAAGGGCCGAUUCGAGGACGAUGUGGAAGAAGCCGUAGAUGACCCGGUAAACCUCGCCGUGCCCAUGCUGCGACCGGUGGCAGAGUCAGAGGCGAGCGUGGAGUUCCACUGGAAGCCCAAAGAGACCAAUCUAGAUGAACAAGAAGGUACCCCUCGCACACUGGGAAGGAAGAAGCGGACGAUAGGUGAGAUUGCGAGAGCCUUGGAGGUCUUAUGAGAAGCUCGAAAACGUCAGGGGCAAGUCGGAACAACCUGCUACGAAUCGGGCUGGGGUCGUUUGUUUAUUAUUAGCGUGUCUAAUUCAUGAGGAGGCUUAGGGAGCAGAAUAAUCA